GAUAUUUUUUCCUAUAGUGAGAGUGUACGUAUUCAGGUAGCAGGCAUUUCUUGUGAUCAUGGGUUUGGCAGAUUCGUACACUCAGAUUGCGAUUCUGGUGCUUUGGGCAGAAAUUUAUUGGAGUCAGAAUAUGUGUGUCAGAUUUGUCGCAAUUCUCCAUUGGUUACAGAUGCAUUGAUGGCAUCAGCUGGGAAUAGCAGUAUAGCUCCAUCUCCAGCUUCCAUUUCAACCCAUGAUGAAACAUCACGUGGCAUUUCUUUUGAUAAUCCUUUUGGUAUUGACUCGCCUUCAAACAGAAAUAGCCCAUUGAUGUCAUUAUCGCACCUGGAUACGUUUAACGAUUUUUUCGGUAUUCAGCAGUCUGCAGGAUCAGCUUCUUUAGUAUCACCAUCUCCAUCUACCGCACUAAGUGGACCUGUAUCUUGUCGAGCUUCACCGGGUUCAUUUUUAGAACUUGGCACCUUUAAUGACGCAGUUGAUGAUAUACGAUUUUCAUCGAAGAAAGAGCGAAGUGAUAAUUCAUGUACUUUUGGCCGCUCUUCCCGAGGUGGUGGAGUGAAAAAACCAUAUGGUAGAGGAGUAGCUCCGAGAACACGUACGCUUGGUGCGCUUGGUGACUUCACUGAAACAAUGCACUCAUUUCGUGGAAAAAGAGGUGGUAGAGGUGGAAACAAAAAUGGCAGAGGACGUCGUCCCAGAGGUGGUAAAACAUCAGCAAUGUUAGCAAUGGUAAAUGCAGCUGCAGCAUGUCGAGAUGCUGAUCAAGAAAGUUCUGAAACCGAUGAUACUCGCCAUCGCGUGGAAGAAAAUGACUACGUAAGAACGGUGGUUGUUACAUGUGCUGAAAAUUCAUACUUUUUACAAAUGCCUUUGUGCUUAAUUUGCGGUAGCAUUGGAAAGGAUGUUGAAAAGACUAUGGUGGCUUGUGCAACUUGUUCACAGAGUUACCAUACAUAUUGCGUUGGGCUCCACAAUAAGCUCAAUGCUACGAUAGUGAAACGAGGAUGGCGUUGCUUAGAUUGUACUGUUUGUGAAGGUUGUGGUGAAGGACAUGAUGAAUCGAAUUUAAUUCUUUGCGAUGAGUGUGAUAUUUCUUACCAUAUUUAUUGCUUAGAGCCACCUCUUGAGCGAAUUCCAGUAGGACCCUGGCGCUGUAAAUGGUGUGCAUCUUGUCGACGUUGUAAAAAACAAAUAUUCAACUUUGCUGAUAUUCAGCAGUUAAAUGGAUUUUGUGAAACAUGCUUUACCCUUAGGAAAUGUCCCAAGUGUUCAAGAUUCUAUGAAAUUGGAGAAAAUAUAAUUAAGUGUCAGCUUUGUGAGAGAUGGCUCCACGGUAAAUGUGAAGAUUUGUAUGGGGAUGAUAUGUUUGAAACUGCAUCAGAAAAUGGAUUCCGGUGUUCAUUAUGCCGUCCUCAUAGUAAUACCACAGAUGAUGCUUUCAGUGUGAUAGUUUGUGAUAAUGUGACAAUGAAUAAAUGUGCUCUUGAAGCUCUACAUUCUUGUUAUGGCGCUGCACUUAUUCGUUAUGCCAGUUCUACAGAUUCAUCACACGACUUUUCAUCAUUCUUUUUUUCACCACGGUCGCAUCUCUUUGAAGGGAUUUAUUAUGAUCUUAACUCGAUUUCACUAGUUCUAGAACCAACGGAAGAAGAUGACAUUGAAAUUCUUGGUUUUGGAAUAGGUGGUCGAGGGCGAGGAAUGCGAAAUGGCGGUCCUGGUCGCAGAAUGAUGAAAAUCGGCAUUGGAGGCUUUUUUGUAAAAGUAGUUAUUAAUAUCUCGAGUUUACACAGUUUUCACUUUUUCUUUGAUUUAAAUUGGUACUUAAAGGUUCCUCGACAUCGGCUCUCCAAUGUAGAGGAUGAAAAUAACGUAGAAGAGGAGUCUUCAAAGCCAAAGUUGAAACGUCCCAGAAAGCCGAGAAGAUCACAACUCGAAGAUAAUUAUCCCCCCGUUAUUCAGGAAGGUUUUUUCGGCAUGAGACCAGUUGAAGGAAGGUGCUUAUUAGAUGUUGUUGUUGAUGAGCCAAAUUUAAUAGAGCAUCAAAAAACUGUUUUGAUUACUGAAAAACAAAAGGAAACCUGUGUAUUGAACGAAGUGGAUUCGGAGGCUUUGCGAACAACUGAAACUCUUUUGAGUAAUAUUACGGAAAACGAUAUUUUGGGUAAUAUGGAAGAGAUUGAUUUUGAUAAUUUGGAUUUAAAUGAAUUGUUAUUAGAUGGCGAUGAAGAUGAUGAUGACGAUGAAACACUAGAAAAUACAUUAAGUGGUAUCACUAAAACUCAUCUCCAUAUUCUCUGUGACUUUUAUGACUUCGGCAAUUUUUACAGCGCCUUUUUUCGUGAUAAAAAUUGGCUAUUUUACCAGGAAAGAUAUGAUGUAAAGUUUCUUGUUGAUAGUUCAUGUUGGUUUUUAAUCAUAUCUUUCAAGCUUGUUAUCUAUAUUUUAGAUAAAAUGGGUCCUUGUAGUGAAGACGGUCGAAUUACCAUGAGUCCACAUUGCAUACCUAUGCGAUCACAAAAUUUGUGCUCGAGUCAACAGGUAAUACAAUUUGAGUUAUCUAAAUUUCAUUAUAUCAAACUAUUUGAGCUUGGCGACUCUUGUACCGAACGAGUCAAUCAAGCAACAGAGAAAUGGGAAGAGGAUGAACCAUUGGGUGAACGUGCUACUAAAGCUGCUGUUCUAUAUGCUAAUAUCAAUUAUCCGCAGUGGAAGGAGCAAUAUCCGGAAUGGCCAGAACGAGUAAAGCAUAUUCAUCGCAUGUGGCGAUCAUUAGAUGCAGAUAGCAGACAACAGUAUGUGAACAAAGCUCGAGAAAAUCGAGCAAAUAGAGUAAAGCAGCCGCGGACGAAGCGGAUCGCAACGUCAACUCCUACUCUUGCAGGAGUUGUUCGGGCAAUUAUUGGCCAAAAUAGAUAUGAAUUACAAACAGGACAACAGAAUAUGGCAGAAUGUUAUCGCUCUGAAGCGGAAUAUAAUGAAAGUUUUAAAGUUCCAACUGUCCCCUAUGGUAAUAACGAAUUCGCAUUGAAUCAAAUUACAAAUGCAAAUACUGGUUCAGUAGAGAUUCCUGCUGUUCAACCGUAUGGAUCAACACAUCAGCUUUUUUAUCAAUCUGAACCGGAAGCUGGCGCAUUUGUUACAUCAUCCCAACCUAGGCCUACACUGGUUCGAAAUCCGCAAUCUUCAGUAGCACACUUAACCAAGGAAAUUCUGGACAAUUAUAGCCUAUUGCAUAAACGGAGCAAUGAAUUAGCAAAAUAUCAGUUGGCGAUUGAAAAUGACUUAGCUCGCAUGAGAAAACAGAAAAAAAAUCUUGCUGCGAAAAGAAGACAGUUAAAUAAAAACAAUCAGCAGUACGAUGCUCAUGGGCAGCGUAUAGAAAUUGAACUCAGUGAGACUGAUAGGCAUGCUUCACUCUCAUUACUUUGUUUAAGUGCUGUUUUUAUCAGUUUGAUACAGUUCUACACAUCGUCUGACAUACUAACCUUAUGUUUUUUCAGACAUUGCCUUGCAACGCUUACUAAUGCUAUACCCAUUCGACAGAAGGAUUUAGAAAAUUGUAAACGUGAUAUCAAACUUCAUUCUUCGAAUGUUCGAGAUUUUGAAGUGAAAAACAGUAUACCACCUGAGCUUAUUCCUCAACUAGCACCUGUAGUACAGCCUGUUGGUCUUAAUGUACAUGUUGCACGUUCAAAACAGUCUCAAAAUAAGUCGGUUUCUACGCCAAAUGAAAUGACAGCUACCAAAAAUGGUAUUCGUCAACCCCCAUCAUAUCCUUUUGGUGUAGGAAGUACCUAUGGGGCUCCAUAUCAGCCUGGCACAAAUCAGGUUCCUGACUGUAAUCUUAAUUAUGGUACAGUUGCAAGGAGCGAGUCUGAGACUAUGCAGUCAUGCUCAGAUCCUCCAACACCAUCUGGUAAUCGACCAUGCUCAUCUGGUUCAACAGAUUGGCAGUAUCGAACUGGAAGAGGCAAACGGAAAAAACAAGAUGAUCGAAUUGAUGACUGCAAACGGCUAGCAGUGUCUGGGGAUAUUGGGACUGAGAAUGUUUCGGCAGAGUUUGAAAGGAAUAUUUACGAUGUUAUAGACCGUUUAAUUACACAAGUUGUAUUUAUGGUGGAUGGUGCAGAAGCUGCUCGCAAGAGUGGGAUGUUAAAGAGACUUUUAGAAUCUCAAAUGAAAAAAGAUUAUUCGUCUCAGAAACAUUCUUAUGCAGGUUUUGAGCUUACUAGUCCACCUAAACCAAAGAAGAAACGAAGUCAGCAAAAAAAAGUUGGUGUUGGAAGUAAUAAUGAGUAUGAGUUAUUACUAGAACGGAUUACCACUCAACUUCGACUUUGUCCACAACUCCCUCGAAGUGCUCUAGAGCCCAUAUCUCGCAUCGGUCGAUCAUCCUAUGUCGUGUUUGGUGUUACCGAUUUACCAGAUCGAAUAGACAAACCGUCAGUCACAGGCAACAUCAUGGGUGAAGUUCGACUUGUCUUCAUGGCCGAUUAUUACACACGUUUCUUUCAGAGUUCUGCAGAUGGAACAUCUCUGUACCUUGCAAUGUCUGACUUCGCAGCUGAUGUGAAACUAUCGGUUCUGUACAGAACAAGAUAUGUGGUUCCGAGAGGAAUAUAUGAAAGAAAGAAUCCAAUAAACAGAAUGCGGGAACUCUCUGUGUUUCGUCGCUCUUCUUCUCCUCCUUUACGGCAGAUUUCUAGAAUACCUGAAUCACUUGCUCCAGAAGCUCCACCAAGAUAUGCAUUCUUUAAGAAACAAGGGCUACCCAAGAAAGUAGAAGUUAAUAUUUUUUUCGAGAGUCCUGAAGGUAGUUUGGAUGCUGAAGCCGCCUUGAAACAGCUAAUGAUCCUAUUAGGAAUUGAGCGGUUUCCAGACUAUGAGUUCGAUACUCCUCCUCAGACUCCUGAACCGUCUCAAAGAGACUGUGGCGAAACUCAAAAGAUUGAGUCACAGGCUAAUGAUGAUUUUACGUGCCGACAUUGCGGUGCUUUGAUGGAUCUGCCCGCAGUACGUCAGACAGCACGCCAGCUAGGAAUUCUUGAAUAUGAGCCAAAGGAUGAAACAUUAGCAUUUUGCUCAAUGAACUGUUACUAUAAUUAUAUGGCAAAUGUGAAGGCUGUACUUUCACCAGAAGAUCUUUCAAGAGCAGAACGUUUUAUUGGGGCUGAAACAUUAGCAAAGCUCAGACAAGCAAGUGUCGAUAAUUUUACGAAAUGUCUUUAUCUUGAAAAGGCAAUUCUUAUGUUCAAAGGACAGUUAGAUUCAUCUGCAAAUUCUAAUAUUUGCUCACCAUUAAGUGACAGCCGAGUUGAGCAAGAUAUAAAGAACAGUGUUCAGAUAAUUCAAGCUCGAGAUUUAUCACUGAUGGGAGAUCGCACCGUCCAGAAAGCUUCAGAAAAAAAGUGGAAAGGACAGCUUUGGAUGCAGUACAAUACAACUGUUCUUGAAAGUUUCCAUGAUCUAUCUGUUCAGUUACGUCAGAAAGAGCUGGCUGUCGAACUUCAAAGUAUUUUACGCUGCCAGGGCUUGGAUCUUACAGAAGACAAGCGGCAAUGUGCUUUUUGUAAACAUUAUGGGGAUGGAGAAUCAGAAAGUUGUGGAAGGCUUCUAAAUGCAGAUGCCAACAUAUGGGUGCAUGUUAAUUGUGCACUUUGGUCGGAAGAGGUUUAUGAAACUUCUGGUGGUGCACUAAUCAAUGUGGAAGAUGCGUUAAGGCGAGCAGUCAACGUUGUUUGUUCAGUUUGUCAACUUAUGGGUGCUUCAUUAAGAUGCUACAAAUUGAACUGCGCGAAGAACUUCCAUGUUUUUUGUGCAAAGUCGACGGAAGGAAAAUUCAUGAAGGAUAAAACGUUUAUUUGCGAAGAUCAUGAUGAUUAUCGGAAUGAUUUGGUACUGGAUCAUUUGAAUGCUUUGCGCCGUAUUUACAUUGAUCGGGAAGAGAAUCAGUUAAUAGCGAAAUUGUUUCACAGCGAAGCUGACCGAUUGGUUUUGCGAGUAGGCAGUUUGAUAUUUAGUCACAUUGGACAAUUGCUUCCAGAACAGCUGAAAACAUUCCAUAAUUCUGAUCAUAUUUUUCCGAUAGGGUACAAUGUGAGAAGAAUUUUUUGGUCACCGAGCAAUCCAACAGAUCGCAUCCAAUAUCAGUGUACGAUUUGUGAUAAAGCAUCAGCUCCUGAAUUCGUGAUUUCGUACAAAGAUGGAACAGAAAUCCGGGAAACUUCGGCAUCAGCUGCUUGGAAUCAUGUAUUGAUGGAAGUGGAGCGAAUGCGAGAUAGAAAUGAUGGGUUAUUGCGCUUGUUCUCAACUAAUCUUACCGGUGAAAAUUUAUUUGGUCUUACGGAAGCAGCUGUAUCAAAGAUGACUGAAUCGCUACCAGGAGUAGAUCAACUAAUAACGUAUACAUUCAAACAUGGUGGAGUUCCUUUGAUGGACUUACCUCUGGCAGUGAAUCCAAGUGGUUGUGCCAGAUGUGAACCUAGAUUCCGUACACUUAUCAAGCACCGUCAUAGAAAUCAGCCAGCAGCAGCUGUUGCUAUUCGAUCAUCCUUCAGUACAGAUGUUUCUCGUGACACGAGAACUCGUGGUUGUAAUAGUUCUUCGACUUGUGUAAUAGAUGGCCCUGCAGGACGUGGAUCAAAUAAUUCAUCAUUAGAUUUCUACGGUGCGAAAUGGGAAUCAGGACAAUUGGGUACGGCAUAUUAUUCUCAAUACCAGAAAAUGAAGAAAGAGUGGAAAAAUACAGUCUAUUUAGCUCGCUCACGAAUUCAGGGACUUGGAUUAUAUGCAUCGAGAGAUAUUGAGAUGAAUUCCAUGAUUAUCGAGUACAAAGGCGAGGUUAUACGCAGUGAAGUUGGAGAAAUGCGUGAAAAAAAAUAUGAAGCUCAAAAUCGUGGUGUUUACAUGUUCCGUAUUGAUGAAGAACGCCUUAUUGAUGCAACGAUGGCUGGUGGCCCAGCACGAUACAUUAAUCAUUCAUGUGAUCCAAACUGCAGUACACGAUUAGUAGAUUCCGGUCCAUGCGGUGAUGACAAAAAAAUCAUAAUUAUUGCCAACAGACCUAUAAGCGCAGGAGAAGAAUUAACCUACGAUUAUCAGUUUGAUAUCGAAGAUGCAGCUGAUAAGAUUCCAUGUUUGUGUGGUGCACCAAAUUGUCAAAAAUGGAUGAAUUGA